AGAGACUCUCUUAUAAGGUUCAUCUACAACCCAUUCUAGUUUGACACAAACAAUUCAUACCAAGAUAGAAAGCAGAGAAGAAGAAGAAAGUGGUGUUGUGAUGGGGAAGUACAGGCUUAGAUUGUCAGAUAUGAUCCCAAAUGCCUGGUUUUACAAGCUAAAGGAGAUGGCCAGAGCCAGAAACCAUAACAACAUCAACACCACCACCACCACCACUCAUUCUUCCAUGAAGACAAAGCAACAUAAUGCUUCUACACAGCAACUCAAACCCAAUCAACCCUACCAUCACCACUCUUAUCCUAGAAAGUCAUACUACAUCAACAGGGACCUUAUUCCAUGUGAGUCUAGAUUUCACAAUUCUCCCACAAACCCAAAAGUCUCCGACCCAAAUUUGCCUGACCCACCAAGAAAAUCAUCCAAGAAAAAACACAGGAGAAGACCAAAAGGAAACUCACCCAAGCUUGUUAGCUCCUCUGUUUCUGCUGGUUGCAACUGCCGCGCUACGAUAUGGACUAAAUCAGACUCUCCGUUGGAGUCCUCACCUUCUCCUGAUCUCUCCGGUGUCUCUUCUGAUGAUCCCGAACUUCAAUUCUCAUCGCCUCCACCUCCACCUCCACCGGUACCGGAAUUCAGGUCUGAUCAGGUACUUGCCACUAACAAAACAUUUGAUGAAAUGGUAUCUUGGUCUACCUCAUUUGGCUGCGAAAAGCAUUCGAGUCCCAGCUCCAAAGACAUCGUAAUCGAUAUGGGUGACAAGUUUUCGGUCACAAAAUUGAAUAAUCUUGCUGGGUUUGAUCAAAUUUCCAAUCUUGAUCUUCCUCCAAUCAUAACCAAGCCAUCAAAAUUCAGUGAAGCAGCAACCAAAUGCAGAAAGAGCUCUGUUUCCAUUGCAGUGAAGGAGCAGAAAACAAGUCCCGUCAUCAGGAGACUCUCUGUAACCUCACCUGGAGUGAGAUUAAGAAUCAAUUCACCAAGACUGAUGAACAGGAAAAUUCAGGGUAGGAAGAGUUUAUCAUCGAAUUCGACCUCGAGAUCGAGGCGGAGCCUCUCUGAUAGUCUGGCAAUUGUGAAAUCCUCCUUCAACCCCCAGAAAGAUUUCAGGGAUUCAAUGGUGGAGAUGAUUAUGGAGAACAAUAUCCGAGCAUCAAAGGACUUGGAGGAGCUUCUAGCCUGCUAUCUUUCAUUGAAUUCUGAUGAGUACCAUGACCUUAUUAUCAAGGUUUUCAAGCAAAUCUGGUUCGAUUUAACAGAUAUCCGGGUGAAGUAGUGGAAUUCUCGAUCAUAUAUCACCUGUUAGAGGCUUUUUUUUUUUUUUUUUAAGUCCUUUAAUUAGAUAACCUUAUUGUUCAUAAAUAACUCCUGUAAAGACCAGUAAUUGACAUUUAGUAAAAUCUAUAAUUUAUCAUUUUGUUUUGGA